AUGAAACCUCAAUAUGUUCGAAUAAUUAUUCCUUCUAAUAAGCAAAUUCAGCUUCUUGCACCAAUGCAACAGAAAAUAUUGCAGCAUCCACAACCAUGUUUACCAGCACAAGUUCGUUUAAUUACGUCAAAUGCUUCUGUUGUUAGUCCGUCUGCUAUACCUUCUACCUUGGAAAAUAAUGCUGCAUUACGCACACCAUCAGCUUCAUUGAAUAUCAAUCAACCAAUAUGUUCGACAAUAGUAGCAGCGUCUUCGAAUCAAGAACCACCUCAAAUACCAUGUACAUCUGCAAGUGCUUCAUUAGAAAAUACUUUUGUACAAUGCGAUUCAAUAAUAAAUAUAGGUCCAAAAAAAAACAAACGAGGUAAAAAUUGGUCAGAAGAAGAGACAGCUGUUUUUAUUAAUAUUUGGAGCGAGUAUUAUGAGAGUUUAAUGAUGGGCGGAACAAGAAAUACCAAGAUUUAUCAUGCAAUGGCAAAACAGCUGAAUGAGUUUUUAUCACCACGAGUAAUGACAGGUGCAGAUGUGAAGGCAAAAAUAACGAAUCUCGUUGCUGAAUAUAGAAAAAAAAGAAAAGAAUCAGGCAAAACAGGUAGUAGUCCGUCGUCGUGGCGAUAUUUUGAACAAAUCGACAAGCUUCUCGGUGAACGUCCAUUUAAUGACGAGAGUCUUAUUUCUGAUUCAAUAUCUCUUCAAGAAGAACAAUUUCUUGAAGAAAUUGAAAACGCUUCAGCUUCUGAUUUGAAUCUAAAUUCGUUAACAAAAGAUGAUGAUGAUGAUAAUAUAUCGAAUUUAAUCAAAGAUAUUGAAGAAUCUACAAAUAAUUCUGAUCAUCGAUCAUGCAAUUCAAAAAGUCCAUCUAAUUCAAUAUCUAUACAAAAAAAUACCACCUCGAACACGUCUGACAUAUCGAACAAAAAAAAUUUAUCAUCAAAAAAGAAGAAAGUGGCAGAUAUGCGUAUAGAACUUAUUCGACAAAUGAUUAACAAAAUUGAUGGUGUUAAUGAAAUAGCUACUAAAGCAGAAUCAAAGGCAUUGCUUUUAUUGGAAAAACAAACAAAAUUACAAGAAGAGAAUUCUGUUGACAUUGAUUGGGACAUCAGUGAACCAAUAUAUAGAAAACCAACAUGUACUAUACAAACAACGGGUUCAUUAGCAGCAAGAGAAGCAUUAACUCAAUACUUUUUACAAAAUCCUAUCUAA